UUACGCUCUACUCGAGAAAUUAGUUAGCUUUGUAUUAAAAGUCUGGUGCAAUUAAUGCUUUAGAAUACUUUCAAAUUUAUCGAAUAAUGUCCUGUAUUUGCCAAUACCAUGAUCUCGGGGACAUUGCCACCAGAGACCUAGUAGCGUUUCCUUUGCCUGCAAGUGACGACAUGAGCGCUUUCAACGAGGUGAAUAAAGAAUCAUUGGGGCAUAAUGCUGCUGAGAUUAGAUUGUCGGCCUCAAGUCUAUCCGACUGCCGUGUAGAGAACUGGCUCCUUAAAAAGAAAUUACGCGAAUACGAAGUUACAAUUGAGAACCUUGAGCAGUUGGUGACUACUAUAGUUGAGAAGCAGCAUCAAAUUUUGAGCGAAAUGUUUUCCUUACGCAAACAAAACCGAGAGCUGCAAUCCGAGUGUCAUCUUCAACGCGAGUAUCACUCAUUGGAAAGAAAUGCCUUGAUGAAGGAGCUGCAUGACGCUCAAAUCGUGUGUAGAAGUCGAAAUCUGGAUACGGCAUGUCGAUCAGAUGAACAUCAAGGUAGUGUAAGUUUGCCACCUGGGGACACGCUCCUUAAAUCUGAAUCCUCUUAUGGUGAUUUCGAAGAGGAAGACAUGAGUGAAUCGGACGACGGAGAUCAGUGCGAAAAAUGUUGGGUCGGCAAUAAUAAAGAGGAUUUUGAUGCUGGAGAAAAUUACGCAGAGCCUUCAGCACUUAGUUCAGGUCAAAAUUCUGGUAGGACAUCACCGUCCUUAUCAAGCUCAGUAACAGGGGACUCGGAAUCGGCUGACGACAGAUUUCUCAAUAACAUAAGCAUUAAUCAGAGCCUUACUAGUGAUAGCGAUCCGGAAUAUGCAGACAAAUAAUUACUACUUGAUGCCUUUGAGUUUAAAGGUCUAU